UUUCUCCGGCAGUGCCUUGGACUGAUGUGAUUGGAAGGAAACCCCGUGGACUGCAUUCAGUCGGGCGGCUGAGAGAAUCAGCUGUGGCUUGGUACACUGACAUCUGCCAAUACUCAGUGAACAGUCAUGUCUGAGGCACCUCAGAAGGAACUGGUGCAAAAGGCCAAGCUGGCCGAGCAGGCUGAGCGUUAUGAUGACAUGGCUGCUCUGAUGAAGUCUGUGACAGAGGAAGGCCUGGAGCUGUCAAACGAGGAGCGCAACCUGUUGUCAGUGGCAUACAAGAAUGUGGUGGGUGCCCGUCGGUCCUCGUGGCGCGUGGUCUCCAGCAUUGAGCAGAAGACCGAGGGCUCUGAAAAGAAGGUAGCCUUAGCCAAGGACUACCGGGAGAAGAUUGAGACUGAGCUGAAAGAAAUCUGCCAUGAUGUCCUGGGUCUCUUGGACAAGUAUCUUAUUCCAAACGCUACAGCAGCAGAGAGUAAAGUCUUUUACUUGAAAAUGAAAGGCGAUUACUAUCGCUACCUAGCGGAGGUGGCUACAGGAGACACCAAGAAAGGCAUCAUUUCAAAUUCACAGGAAGCCUACCAAGCCGCCUUUGAUAUCAGCAAAAGUGAAAUGCAGCCCACACACCCAAUCCGUCUUGGUCUUGCCCUUAACUUCUCCGUUUUCUACUAUGAGAUCCUCAACAUACCUGAAGAAGCCUGCAAGCUCGCCAAGCAGGCCUUUGACGACGCCAUUGCAGAGCUUGACACCCUGAGUGAAGACUCAUACAAAGACAGCACACUAAUCAUGCAGCUAUUGAGAGAUAACUUGACGCUGUGGACCUCGGACAACCAGGUUGAAGGCGAGGAUUCAGAGCCAAGAGAUUGAGCCAGACCCCCGUAGUCAUCCCUGUUGUCCUGCCAUUGUCCUGGCUCAUCUUCAUUAUGAUCAUCAACACUGAGACCACCUCAUUUUGAUCAUUGUCAUCCAACUCUUUCCAUCUUUUUUUCUAUCUAAGGUCUCUCAGUACUCAUCUCAUUCCCAUCGGUUUACUAUUCCUUCUUUUUGUAGUAACUGUGGGGAAAGGGGAGGGGAAUUCAAGUGGUGUGGUGGGAGGGUAAAAGUGUUUGGGUUUAGAUGUUUUUGGGUGUUGCAUUAUUAAGGUGCUGGGUGAAAGGGCAGUUUCUUAAACUCAUGAAACAUGCAGCAGGUUAAGUUUGUAGAAGUAAGAAAAUAUUUAAGCUGUAUGUGCUGUACUACUCAUUAACGGUGCUGUUUUUGACCAUCCUUUGAUGACACAUUUGUGCUUGACAAAAACAGGAGCUGCCUCCUUAUAUUUGAGGUGACAACAACUGAGUUUGUACAUGGCAAGGGGAAUAACAGCAGAGGUAAAGACAGUGAAGAUGUGAUUGGGAGAAGGAAGCCAAGAUUUAGUUGGAAGACAAGGUUACAUUCUACAUACUGUUGCUCAACUUUCUACUCUUACUAUCUUUUUUGUUUGUUUUUAGUAGACUGCUCUUGUAUUUUUAUGCAUCAGUUAUGAGGUAUAGAAAACUUUGAAGAACAAAAGAGCACGAGCACACAAGCUUGUAUUGUUUUUGUUUUGUAUUGGCACGGCAGUUUAAAAAAAAAAAGAAAAAAAAGAAAAAGAUCCAUCUGCGUAUCUAAUUAAUGCUUUUUCAAAUUAAGACAUUUUGUUUUGUUUUUUCCUUUUUCUCAGUACUUGCCUGAACUGCAUGGUGGUAAGAAGUAGUUUUUGGAGGAGUAAAGAAGGUUGUUGUUGGGCUGGUUAGCUUUGUCUGUCUUUGGAAUUUUCUUACAGGACACCCAAGCAUAACUGUAAUUUUUGGGGGAAAUGUGUAAUUUCAUGUAAGUGGAAUAAAAAAAAUAAUUAAGUUUAA